AUGAGUGUUGCAGGCUCGGCAUCGUCACGAGGAACCCAUUCCCGAUCCAGAUCACGCUCACGAUCAAGGUCGCGUUCUCCACUCUACAAUGACGGCCGUUACUUUCCACCUCCACCACGCUACACAGCUUCCCGUUACGAUCCUUAUAGCUACCGACCGAGAAGUCAAAUGUCAGCUGCACUAGACGAUUAUCGAGAAUUACGCGAACGAGAACGGGAAAGAGAACGUGACAGAGAACGAAUGCCCGUUGGGAUGAGAGAUGACAGGUACUUGCCUCGAAGCAAUAGAGACAGAGAUGUCCGUUAUUCACGUUACUAUCGAGACGAUAUACCACCAUCUCAUCGUUAUUCACCAUCUUCGUCCAUGUUUCCUCCCCGUGAUUAUCCGAAAUCAGCUUCUCUUCGCAAUGAUGUGAAUUCCGAUCGAGCAAAGGAUAGCAAAGAUGAUAUGCGUCUAUCGACCAGCGGCGGCAGCGGCAGCAACAGUAGUAACAACAACAACAACAACAGCAGCAACAACAACAACAAUAAUAAUAAUGGUGGCCAUGAUUCGUAUACACCCUCCUCCACAUCCUCCUCUUCUCGUUAUGGCAACAACAAUGAUUGGCAUCGUGAUCGACGUUACCGAGGUGACGAUGAAUACCGUUGGCGAGGUGAUUUGGAUAUGCGUCGGGAAAGCUUUGCUAUGCGAUAUGAAGGACCACCACCACCACCACCACCUUUAUCCAUGCCUUUUGCUCCUCCUUUUGGUGGCGAUUCCUAUCGACCUGAUCGAGACCGUGAUCGUGAUAUUCCACCCCAUUCACCAAGUGGACCUUAUUUUGACAGAGAGGAUCGUGAUCUUUAUCGACCUUCACGUGGUGCUGGUGGCGACAAUGAUCGAUAUCGAACAGGACGUUCUGGUGGAAGAUCUUGGGGUAACAGCAGCAAUAGCAACACCAUGCGAAGUCGUGAACGUGAUAGAGAAAGCAUCAAAAGUCCUCGCAGCGUAACAUCGGUUGGUAGUGGAUCCCAUUGGUCAUCAUCACGUACAAGAGGAGGAGAUGAUACCAGAUUUGACAACAAUCAUCGUGAUGAAGAAAGAAACACAAGGACAAUGGAGCCUUCAGAUAGGGAAUCUAGACAUCCAAGUAAAGAACGUCAUGAUCGACCACCCGCUUUACAACGUCUACCCUCUCGACAAUCCACCCCUGAACAUCAACAACAACAACCCUCAUCAGCAAAAACGGAUGCAUCCGAUCACGCCAUUCGAGCCAUGGAACGUGCUCAACGCAACACAAAAUCGUUACCAUCAUCGCCUAUACAUGCUACUCCACCUAUAUCAAAACAUGAAUCAUUGACAAAGUCAUCAUCGGCAGCUGUGGAUGACAAAAAGUCGUUACAAGAAUCAGCUCCCAUUGUUCCAGAGUCAGCACCCCAUUCCACAGUAACAGGAUCACCAUUGGCUGAUGAAGCAGUAGUAGCAACAACAACAGCGACAAAGAAUCAUGAUACGGAUGCUUCUGGUGCUAUAUCUCAACAAUCCGUGACGAAUGAGCCAACGACAUCCAAACAAGUGACUGAAAAGGAAUUGACACAGCAGGAAAUUGUGGAGAGGAUUGGCCAGAUUGAGAAUGAUAUCAGCAUGUAUGAGGAAUUAUUGGAAGAAGUGACCAAACGUGAGGAAGCUGCUGCUGGAGAGGAUCCUAUCAGAGCCGAGGAGGAGGAAGAGGAGACAACAACAACCACUUUACGUGAGAAUGAGGAUCAAAAAGAACAAGAUGAACGUGAAGCUGCCAAGCAACAAGCACUCCAAGUGAUCAGUGAGGAUCAUAUGGAUGUUCCUGAUAUUGAAAAGUUAUCCUUGACAACAUCACCCAUCAUGCGCAAAAAGCCUCAGCUCUUGAUCAACCAAGUACGAUCGAAUGAUGAGACCGAUGAUUUAUUAUCAGAAAAAUUGCUACAACAAAAUCGACAGCUUGCACGACAAAACUCACUCAUGAUCGGUGGAUGGCAGGGAAAAAAGGAUGAUCCUGAGACUUGGUCGAAUGAGAUUCAAUGGUCCAAACCCUUGUACGGACGCAUUGAGGAUUAUCCAUGUUACAAGGACAACAUUCAACAUUUCAACACCAUCAAAUGUUCAGUGGCUGCCAAUCUUGCGGGUCGUAAAGCGGCUCUUGCCAAAAAGGAGCAAAGGUUAAGACGUGAAUACAAGCGGUUAUAUCAAGGUUGGAAGAAACGCAAUUUGACUUUGGAUCGAAUACGUGAGCAACAAGGCAAUACGAGACGACGUGGUCAUGAAGAAUCCGAUGAAUGUGUGGAUGGUGUCAACUUUUCCAGCAACAAGGAUGUAUUACGCUUUGGAACGGAUAACAGCAACAGCAACAACAGUAGCACCACCAAGAACACAAAGAGUAAUGGACCAUGGACAUCGGAUGCUGUAAGAUCCGAAGCCGAAUUGCUUGAGAUUAUUCAAUCGCUUGAAUCAGCUGACAUGCGUAAUCCCGAACUACGUGCUGCCAAAACCACUGCCACUAUUCCUCCCAUGAUAUUGGAUAUCAAAGAACGCAUGAGAACGUUUGAUGAUCGCAGCGGACUUGUGACGGAUCCAUUGACUUUUUAUCACACGGGUGCGGAUACCGAGGACCAUUGGACCCAGCAAGAAAUGGCUGCCUUUAUGGAGAGUUACAUGCAAUAUCCCAAGCAAUUUGAAAAGAUAGCAGCUGCUGUGAAAAGUAAAACGGCACCUCAAUGUGUCCUCUUUUACUAUCGCAAAAAGCAAAAGAUCGAUUUCAAAGCACUGGUGAGCAAAGGUCGACGUGGUCGAGCUGGCAAACGACGUGAUCGAUUGGCCGAAGCCAUUCGACGUGCCACAGGUGAAGGACCUGCCUUUUCUACUCGUAAAGCCAAGAGCAAAGGAUCUGCCUUGAUGACGGAUAUUGGUGAAGCUCAAGUGUCACGCAAAGCCAAACAAAAGGAGUCUGAACGCAAGAGCAGAGAGUUACGUGAAUUGGAAGAAGCCAAUGCUUAUUGGGAUAGUGUGAAUGAACGAAGACGUAACAAACGAUCGAGUGGAUCAUCAUCACAACAAUCUUCCAACGUGGAUGAGGGGGGUCAACAACAACAACAACGACGAUUUCCACGACGCAAAGGACGUUCACCACAAGCACCUGCUAAUUAUACCAUGGGAGGAGGAGAAGAUGGCGAUGUUUAUGGCGAAAUGGAUGAUGGUGGUGAUGCAUCUGAUAAAGGAACAACGACGACAACAGCACCCACUGCCAAAUGGACCGAAAAGGAUAAGGAGACAGCCAUUGAUGCAUUCAAACGUCAUGGCCGCAAUUUCGUGCGUGUAUCAUCCUUGGUGGGCACCAAGACUGAAGAUCAAUGCCGCAACUUUUAUCACAAUUUUAAACGAAAGUAUGGACCCAAUGCUUUCAAUGAAGAAUCGGCUACAACAACAACACCCUCUCAAUCAUCAACCACCACCACCACCAAUACGGAUAGAAUGGGUCUCAAAGCGGAUGAAGAAGAUGCUGCAGCUGCAUUAAUGGGAAUGUGUCAAAUGGAUUCAACAAAGUCAUCAACGCCACCACCACCACCACCUCGACAUGCACGUGCAGUUUCUAUUCAAUUGGAUGAAAGCCGUGGUAGUGAUAAUGCAACAACAACAACACCUCCUCCUCCAACGACGGGCAUGGUUACUGGUAAUCGUCGAAGGAGGGCACGUACUUCAUCUGGCAAAGUCAUUGAUAAAGAAACGAUGGAUGAAUGGAUGGAUGCAGAAUUUUCGGGUCGUAGCAAUCACCUAGGAUCAUCCAAAAGACCGGGUCGUGGUGGAGCAGUAGCAACAGCAGCAGCAACAGCAGAAACCUCAAGACGCCCUGCCUAUUCUUCUUAUUGGUCGGUUGCAGAAAGAACGGACUUUUUGCGAUAUCUCGAGAAAUACGGCUGUGAUUGGGAAAAAGUGGCGAACGCUUUGACAUCCAAGACACCUACUCAAGUACGCAAUUUCUUCAUGAACAAUAAUGAAAAGAUGCAGUUGGAUAGUAUUGUGAAACGAUAUGAGGAGAACAUGAUGCACUUACGGCAACAGCAAGACCAUGUGCGAUACAACAACAACACCAACAAAGCAUCACACUAUCAACAUCAUCAUCAACCACAACCACAACCUCCUCCUCCUCCCAUACACAAUUUGCCAUUUCCAAGUGCCAUUGUCACAGAGCAACCAAAGCCAUAUCAACCAAUGGGUGGACCCUCACAACAACAACAACCACCUUCAUCUCAUAUGGAUCCCCGACUUGGUUACUUUACCCCGUCUCCUCCUAUACCACCACCUUCACAACAACAACAACAUCCUGUUGCUGCACCACCACAACCACAACCACCACCUAUAACGUCUCCACCUUUGGUUCAUCCCUACGCAACAGCACCUUAUGCAACAUCAUCACCAACGCCAUCUACUGUAUACGAUCCUCUUCAACAUCAUCGAACCACACCACAUCAUUCUCAUUAUCCACCACAACAACCACCUUCUUCUGCUGUUCCAUAUCCUACCAUGCAUGUUGAUCGACCAGCACCGUCACCACCCGUAGUACCACCACCUUUACGUCAUCAUCAUCAUCCACAACAACAACAACAACAUCCUCAUCAUCACAACCCAAUACCACCACCACCACCAUCAGCACAAUCACAUCCUGUACAAAGCGUUUCAGAACCAACCUCUGUGACCAAGGUGGCUGACUUGCUCAACAAUGACGAGCCCACCGAUACAGCUAGCCAGAGUAAGAAUUGGGAAUCUUGGUUUUCAUAG